CACAGAAUUGGUAGCGCAGAUACAUUGGAAAUAAUAGCCUCCAAAUCUACUGGUAGUGAGCCGUCCACACCUGAAGAUAAUAUUAAUGUUGUGGUGCGUGUACGCCCCUUAAACGAAAAGGAGAAACGCGAUAGACAUGGCAUGAUAUUGCAGUUUCCAGGAAAUGGUCAAAUUAUAAUCGAAACACAAGACGGUAAUAAUAAGCGUUCUCACAACCGUGAGAAUUUGCAUGUCUACACCUACAAUGUUGUUUUUGAGCCCGGCGCUACUCAAGAGGAUGUGUUGGAUUAUUCAGGAAUUAAGCGUAUCAUCGAAAUGGCCAUUGAGGGUUUUAGCUGCACUGCGUUUUGUUAUGGUCAAACCGGUUCUGGUAAAACUCACACUUUAACUGGCCCACCUGAUUUGUUUGUUGGCAAACCUAAUUUAAAUGAUCCCCGGCAUGGCCUCAUCUUCCGAUCAUUUGUAUAUCUCUUCCAACUGAUUAAGAAUCGAAACGAUAUAAAUUUUGUGCUCAAAGCUUCAUUUUUGGAAAUCUAUAAUGAACGGGUAAUUGAUUUACUUAAUCCGGGCUCUCAUCGAAAGUCGUUGGCAGUGCGUUGGUCGAAGAAGUCCGGUGGAUUCUUUGUGGAAAAUCUCUUUACUGUGGGUUGCGAAGAGUUGGACGAUUUGUUGGCUGUUUUAGAAGAAGGUAUGCGCAAUAGAUCAGUUGGUUCUCACGCUAUGAACGAUCACUCGUCCCGUUCACAUACUAUACUAACAGUUCACAUAAUAUCGGAACAACAGACGGAUGGAGGGGUGUUUCUGUCAAAACAUGGCAAAAUUAAUUUUGUGGAUCUUGCUGGUAGUGAGUUAACCAAGAAAACUUUGAGUGAAGGCAAAACUCUGGAAGAAGCCAAUAACAUUAAUAAAAGUUUAAUGGUUUUAGGUUAUUGUAUAGCAUCACUUAGCGACUCUAAGAAACGCUUUGGUCACAUACCAUAUCGUGACAGUCAGUUAACGAAAUUACUGGCUGAUAGUUUGGCUGGCAAUGGUGUUACACUUAUGAUUGCAUGUGUGUCUCCAGCACAAUAUAACCAUGCGGAAACCUUGAACACAUUACGUUAUGCUUCGCGAGCCAAGCGCAUUCGCACUAAACCAGUAAUUAUGAUGGAUCCCAGGGAAGCACUUAUUCUUAGUCUGAAACGUGAUAUUAAUGCUUUGCAAAUGGAAAACGAGCAUCUAAAAGCAGCGCUCAAUUUACAUCAUGAAUCUCUUAAACCUACCACAGAUCAAGAUGGUAACGAAUUACUUGAUUUGCACUUGGAACGGGUGGCCAGUGGUGGAAACACAGCUCCGAAAGUAGAUCUCGAGCGUUUGGCAGAGUUAGAUGGCAAUGAACUAGCUGAGUUAGUCAAAUUGUAUAUGCAAGAGAACGAAGCGUUACGACAGGAAAAUAAUCACCUAUUUACGGUCAGGGAAACAAUACUAAGAGAUCAGGAAAUUGUUUGCCGUGAGAACGAACGUUUGCUCAAAAAAUUGGAGGAUGUUAACAGAGUUUGUGUACGCUCUCCAUUAAUACCGGCAAGACCCGCUUUAUCGUCUGCUUCUGGCAGCGAAACGAUGGGGACAGAAAUAUGGACUAAUCCACAAGAUCAACCACAAAUUACAAAUGCCAAUAGCUUGGAAGGUCGAAUUUCUAAGAAUAUACAAAAGCGAACCGAAGAAGUACAACGAAAAAUCGAUCAAGAACGUAUCGCUAAAAAUAUUUUGCUAAUGGCAAACUCAUUUCAUACGAGCUCAAAUGAUAAAUCACGAAUAGAAAACAAUUUGCCAACAGAGGAUGGCUCUUACGAGUAUAUGCCGGAUAUGUUGACAUAAAUAUUAUUUGAAAUAUUUUAUCUGGAUUAAAGCAAUAUAAAAUCAUCAUUUCCUGUGGGGUUCAAUCCUAAUAUUUAAGUGAAGAACAUAAUGUCCAUAAUUACGUGCACUUCGAAGUUGAAGUUACUAUAGAUCGAGCGGGUAUCAGGAGCAAGACUUAAUAUCCAAUUAUGGUCAAUUAUAAAAUAGAAAUUUCACUUUAAAUUUAUAGUUAUUAAUCAAAAUUGCAUACAGCUUGUAUUAUA